AAAAGUUCCGAUAUUUCUCAUGACAUCACUUCGUCGGGCUCAGUAAUCUGUGACUUCCACUGAGAAAGGAAUAAUAAGCGGACAAUUCUCGUUUUGUUUCCAGGAUGGGGCAGCUCACGCUUCCAUCGGUGCUAGCCUGCGUUUGUGUGUUUGUCCAGUCCCUGGCAGCAAACACAGACUUCCAGCAUCAUGAUUAUAAGUUUGUACCAAUGGUCGCCUUUAUGUGUAACAAACCCACCAUGCACACCUCUCCUAUGGGCUGGCAGGCUGACGCCAAGCAAGACUGUCUUCAUGAUCCAAAGGAGAUUCUUCAAUACUGUCAAAAGCUGUACCCAAAUAUGACCAUUACAAACAUUGUUGAGGACCAUAAAGUGAACAUCAAAAACUGGCCAGAUUUACAUGGUCGCCAGCAAAACCACAAAGUACAGCCAUACAGAUGUGUCGUGGGUCCAUUUGAGAGUGAUGCUCUCUUAGUCCCUCAACAUUGCCACUUCUAUCAUGAACACAAUCAGUGUGACACAUACAAGAAGUGGGGUGACUGGGCCACGUCAGACUGCAAGGGUAAGGGGAUGAGGAUCGAUAGCUUCUCCAUGCUGCUGGACUGUGACAUCGACAGGUUCGCCGGGGUGGAGUAUGUCUGCUGUCCCAAGGAGAAAAAAGCCAUUGAUGAGGCAGUCACAUUAAAACCAGUAAAAGAACAAACAGAGCACAUUACAAUAGAUGACACAUAUGAUGCGUAUAUUGCAUAUCUCAGAGGUGAUGAGAAAUAUCUCAAGAAGUUCGGCAAUGAACACAGCAAGUUUUUAGCUGCUAUGAAGGCUAUGAACAUGCGUCACCAUGGAAGAAUUACCAAGAUGAUGAAAGAAUGGCAGACAGCCAGGAAACAUGUCAACAACAUGAAGAAGACAAAUCCCAAGGCUGCUGACAAACUGAACAAGAACAUCCUACAGCGAUUCCAGAAGUUGUACAACAGUUACCAGCAGUCAGACGCUGCAGAGAAGAAGCAGUUAGUGGCUCUCCAUCUCCAACACAGACAGGGAGAACUCAACAGUAAAAAGAGGAAGGAGUUAGAGGCCUACAUGGGGGAACUCCAGAAAAGCCAUGUCAAGUCUGGAGCUGUAAUGAAGCAUUUAGAACACUAUAUCCGUGUGGAAGAGAAGGACCGUCUACACUCACUGAAUCAUUUCACUCAUGUUAAAAAGACAAACCCUGAGGAAGCCAAGCUUAUCCAGUCACAGGUCAUUGAACACAUGAAGGUCAUUGAUGAGCGCAUCAAGCAGAGUCUGGACAUGCUUCAUCACUUCCCCAGGGUGGAGAGCAAACUGAAGCCACAAAUAGAUAAAUUCAUGAAGCACUACAGUGGUUUAGCAGAGAGUGCCAAGAACAUUGUGAUGAGACCCAUUACUGUGCAGGAGAAGAAAGAGACCAAUAAAGUGACCUGGGGUGACAAGUUGACCUUGGAUGAUGAGAAUGAUGAUGGUGACCUGGCUGAUCACUUGGAGGAGGUCAAGAAGACCCCCAUUGUGGAGGAUGAUGGACUUAGUCCCCGAAUUGAGCUUGACCAGCACAAGGAAAACAAAGUCUUUAUCUCUCAUCGUGAAAAUGACCAAGCCAGUUUCAGCAGGGGAAGUUACUCUUCAAAAGUCGCAACCUCCACAAGUAGUGUUUUCGGAAUUGCCAUUGGAAGUGUAGCGGUAUUUGUCAUUAUUAUUGUUGCCAUUGUCAUGUUGCGGAAGCGCUCCCAUAGACUUGCAGUCACUCAUGGAUUUGCUGAAAUGGAUCCUGCAGCCUCCCCAGAAGAACGUCAUGUGGCUAAAAUGCAGAUGAAUGGUUACGAAAAUCCUACCUACAAAUACUUUGAACUGAAUACCAAUGUCAAGAAAUAAAAACCUCAAAAACUGUUCCAAAAACUUACAAAUUUAUAAACAAAUUCAUUCCACUGAGUGUAACUCUUAUUUGCAGGGUGAAGCCUUAACUGUUGUGAACAAAAACUGUGAUUUUAUUGAUAAGCUUGUGAUUGUAGGAAAUUUGGAUAACAUACUCAUAAAAUAAAUAACAGAUUGUAAUCUACAAAGUAAAGAGACAGCUAGUGACUGUGCAGAAAUAUUUAUUAUACAGUGUAUAUAACACCACUUUAGCAUUAUAUGUGUCCCUAAUCAUUGAUAAUGUAGAAUGUCAUUGUAAAUGGAACUUUUUGUAACAUUUGAAUGAUUCUGUACUCUAGCCACUGUACCACUACUUAUAAACCAUGUAAGUAUCUGUAACUUUACCAUGUAUUCAUUUGUGUUGUCCUGACACGGAAGUCAUUCCAUACCAAGAUGUGGAGAUUCUCACAAAAAUCCCCUAAAGCAAUAAUUGACAACAACAAUUGUGGGGAAGGAAGAAUUAGGCUAGUGAUCAUCAAUUAGAAUUGUAGGGUUGGGAUUAAGAAUGCACACUGAUUCAUAACCUUGUUUGUAUUGGAACUGUGUAUAGACUGCUUUUUAGCUGAUGGUGUUUUAUUGUUUUAUAUUUUUAAAAAUGUCUUCAUAAAAUGAUGUGAAUUUCAUAAUACAUGUCUAACAUUUUUAUGUGCAGUUGUUGUGAAAUGCUUUUUUUGUUAUAUUUACAAUUUUUAAUUUUUUUUUUUUUGACACUUUGAUAACAGGCAUUGAUUAUUUUUUAGAAAAAGAUUCUUUUUUAUUUAUCAUUGCAUAAUUAAGGAAUCCAAAAUUAAUCAAAUGAAUUUUUUUUUUUUACUUUCUUAAUUAUGUAAAGGGAAAAAUAAAAAUUUCCUUUAAAGAAUUAGUAUUCAAAACCAAAGACGUAGCUUCAAGUCACAUACCUAGUAUACAAUGUAUUCGCCAUAUAAAAACGAGCUUGCUUUGGCAUUCACUAGUUAAACAAAUUUCUAUAAAAACUAUCACUGAUGUUAUAGUCUCUUUCUUUUAGUAUAAACUGCUGCUCUGAUCACUCUACAAUAGUGUGAUCUCAUCGAGGUAGUUUGUAGAGAAAAUUCAGAUUGUUUUCUUUUCUAGAAAUUAUCUCUGUACUGUGUGGAAGAGAUUAUAAUCAUCACUAGAUUUUGUAUGAGUGUACAAGCUUUCUUUAUCAAAUAAAUUCAUCUUUUCUGUCUUUUCCUUCCUGUAUACCAGUCUGAACUUCUCUCCUCCUACAAAAAAUCUGUUUUUGAAAACUUCCUGGCCAGUAGCUUGAGUUGUAUUGUGACUUCAUGUAAUGUUUAAUACUGUGACCUCUUAUCAUUUUAUAAAUAAAAAUGUACACUCA